GAGCAGGCAACAGCAGCCAGAGCAGCAUCAAUGGCUAACGGCGCAAGCUCUGCUGCGUCAUCGUCUGCGUCCUCGUCAGGGACUAGUGGGACUCAUUUGGGAAUGCCACUGAGUUCCACAAGUUCCUCGGGCACUUCCGGUUCAACAGGUUCCAGACAGUCUUCUAGACAAAUGGCAGGCUCGCAGUUCAACCCCAUGACCGCACGUGAGCGGGAGCUCAGAGAGAUCCAACAAGUCGAGAGGCUCCGCCAGCAGUUAGAGGAGGAUAUGAAGAAAGCAACCGAUAGAGAAAAAGAGAUAAAAAGUAGAGCGACCAGACUUGAUACGUUAGAGGCUGACAAGGCUGCGUUAGAGGGAUUGGACGAAUCGAGUUUGUCUGACGCCCUGAAAGUGUUGAGGGACAACAUGUUGUCACUUCAUGCGCACGUAGACAACAGGAUGGACUUCAUGCAAAGCACUUUGGACCAGAUCCUGGAUGCAUUGACAAAUCCAGGAUUCCGGCCACCAGCACAAUCGCCGUUGCCGUUAACGGCGAUGUCAGGCCCCUUUCCAGUUCAAGCUGGUUCACAACCAAGUGGUACAUCUGCAGCAGUCGCACAGACUGUUGCAUCUUCUUCUUCGGGUCCAGUGGUGAUUGCUGCAUCACCACAACAACCUGUUCACCAACCUGGACAGUCGCAAGGUCAAUGGUACCCCAAGACCCCAAUGAAACCGCCUCUUGCCUUCUCAGGCGAGAGAAAGGACGAGGAACUCAACACAUGGUUGAGGACGGUCCCGGUUUGGGUGAAGGCCAAAAGGACCUUGCCAGAGGAUGAGGUGGUAACUGCGGCAUCUUACCUAGAGGGUAAAGCAGCCAAAUGGCUAGAUGGGGUGGUUGUGAAAGCCGGGAGAUCGAUGCUGCCCCCAACCAUGGAUGGACAAGUCGACAUCGACGAUAUUGUGGAUCACAAGGAUAUGCCUGUUCCGAAGCCGCUGGGUGGAGGAAGACCUCCUAGACCCAAGAGGGAGUACCGGAUCAGAUUCAGGCAUCAGACGGAUCCGAAAGAAGAUCGGUGGUUUACCCGGGAGGAACUCAUGGAAACAGCUCCUCAGGUGGUGGCAGAUUAUGAACGGAAGCUAAAAGGGAAGACACCUGCGAAGUAAGCAUCUCAGCGGACUUUCGAAGCUAAGGGGGAUGGAAUGUGAGGAUUGAGCCCUCAAGUAGGGGCCUUGCCAUGAUGUACAUGUUCUGGGCUAAGGCCCCAGCAAGCCUAGUGCCCGCCCUAAGUGAAGGCGGGCCUGCAAAUCAACAAGAGCCCUUUAU